AACUCUGUGACACUGACAGUUACACAGGUCAUGUUGUUUUGUGUGUGAGACGGCUUCAUUUGAUUUUGUUAAUUAAAGCCACAGAAAUGUCGAAACUACGGCCUAUACUAAACUUAUCGUAUUGCCGGUAUUAUAGUGUUAAACAGGCGACCAAAAAACUUCCUAUAAUAUCGUGUAAAAGGCCUGAAUUCAAUCAUUUUGAGGGUCAGAGUUACAGCAAGUUUGAAGGCAUACCGCUGGCUUCCAAAGGCUGGUUAAGCAAUAAAUCCAAGGGUGACUACUUUGUAAUAUACGGAAAUGCUAAUAAAAAGGAAGAAAAGCAGGUUUAUCGAAAGAGUUUUGAAGAGAUCGGCGUGGCUCCAAGUUUGAUUGAGGUUAUGUCUGAGCAAGGAUUUUCUUUGCCUACUGCUAUUCAAACUAAAGCGAUUCCCUCCAUUCUGAGUGGCACUAAUGUUGUAAUGACUGCAGAGACUGGCUGUGGGAAGACAUUAGCCUACUUGUUGCCAAUUUUCCAACAUAUUUUAGAGUGGAAACCAUCCAUAAAGGAAGAAUUCAAUAGCCCUUUAGCUGUUGUUAUAACUCCUAGCAGAGAACUAGCAUCACAAGUAGGAGAAGUAGCUCAAAACAUAGCCCAACGUCUGAACCUCAACGUCACCACUCUCGUUGGAGGUCGAACCAAACAGAAGAUGUUAAACCCACCCAUAGAAUACUGUGAUAUACUCGUCACUACACUAGGAGCAUACAGUAAACUGGUUACAACCGGAAUAUUCAAGAUUAAUAAUGUACAUCAUGUAGUUUUGGAUGAAGCAGACACAUUAUUGGAUGAUACUUUCAUUGAUAAGAUGGCACAUUUGUUGAAGAAGUUUCCGAUCCAACACAAAGUUCAGAUCCAAACGCCACCAGUAGGCUGUCAGGUAACCCUGGUCAGUGCGACGAUGCCUCAUGAGCUACCGGCAGCGGUCAAUGCCUUCGUAGACCCUGAGUCUCUGAAGACGAUCACCACCAGCAACAUACAUAGGGUACUGCCGCAUGUACCGCAAAAAUUCCUACGCCUAGGCAAAGCGCAGAAACCCCUAGCAUUACUAAAGGAAGUUCAAGCAGACGUGAACCAAAACCGUGCAGUCAUGAUAUUCUCCAAUCAGACUUCGACUUGUGACUUCGUUUCCAUGUUUUUAAAUGAAAAUAAUAUCGAAUGCAUUAACAUUAAUGGAAGGAUGGCGGUUGCUCUGAAAAUGGGAAAGUUUGAAAUGUAUAAGAGCGGGAAAGUCAAUGUUAUUUCUUGUACCGAUAUUGCAUCGAGAGGAUUGGAUACUACUAGGACUCACCACAUAAUAAACUACGAUUUUCCCCUCUACACGGCCGAUUACAUCCACCGAUGCGGUCGGACGGGUAGAAUCGGAUCGCCCGUCAACUGUAAUAUCACCAACUUCGUAGCCUGGCCGAGAGAAAUACAGCAAGUGCAGAGAAUAGAGCUCUCUGUCAGAGAACACAGCCAAUUGCCUAGAGUUAAUGCUAAUAUUAAGAGAAUUAUUGAAGACAGGAUUGUAAAAAUGGCGGGUAGUGUUUAAAUAUGGAAUGGUGUGUUACGUCAUUUGACGGUGUUGCCAAAAUUUUGACAUCAUCAUCUCGUCUUCGCCCACUUAGUAGUAUCCCUGAGCAGAGAUAUUGGUCGUUUAAAAACUUUGGUGGAGUCUGGGCCUAAGUCUAGAGUAGGCGCGAUUACUCUAGCGGAAAAUUGUGGAACUAUUUAUUUUUUAUGUUUGACCAAGCCAUGUCUAUCAGACUUCUUUCCUGGCGCCAACUAUAGUUCCAUUAUCUUGAAAUAGAUGGCGGUAAAAUUGAC